AAAAUCAGAAGUUCAAAACUACUAAUUGAGACUCACUCUCAUAAGCAGCAGAGGAGUGUAAAAGGUAAUAUUCUGCAAGUUCUAAACCUGGAAAUCGGAAGAGUAUGAAGCGUUUCUUUAAGCCAAUAGAGAAAGAAGGCUCCGCCAAGAAAGCUGCUGUGUCUUCUUCCAAAGAACAAGACGAUGAUAACACACAAAUACCAGAAGAAGAAAAUACCAAAACGAAAAAGAGAGAGCCGUUGAAGUUCGUGACAUGGAAUGCAAACAGUUUAUUACUCCGAGCGAAAAGCGACUGGCCCCAGUUCUCGAAGUUUGUCUCCGAUCUCGAUCCCGAUGUCAUUGCCAUACAGGAAGUGCGGAUGCCUGCUGCUGGUUCCAAGGGUGCCCCUAAAAACUCCGGGGACAUAAAAGAUGAUACAAGUUCAUCACGUGAAGAAAAACGGAUUUUGAUGCAUGCUCUUUUGAGUCCACCAUUUGGUAGUUAUCAGGUUUGGUGGUCUCUCGCGGAUUCAAAGUAUGCAGGGACUGCAUUAUUGGUAAAGAAAUGCUUUCAACCAAAAAAGGUCUCGUUCUCUCUGGAUAGAAAAGCUUCAAAGCAUGAACCGGAUGGCCGCGUCGUUUUAGCUGAAUUUGAGACAUUCGAUUUGUUGAAUACAUACGCACCAAAUAAUGGUUGGAAAGAGGAAGAGAACUCAUUUCAAAGGAGACGAAAAUGGGAUAAAAGGAUAAUGGAGUUUGUUUUACAAUCUUCAAGUAAGCCGCUUAUAUGGUGUGGUGAUCUGAAUGUUAGCCAUGAGGAGAUUGAUGUGAGUCAUCCAGAGUUUUUCAGCGCUGCGAAGCUCAAUGGUUAUGUUCCUCCAAAUAAAGAGGAUUGUGGGCAGCCUGGAUUUACCUUGGCUGAGCGGAAACGCUUCGGUGCUAUACUGAAAGAGGGGAAGCUAAUAGAUGCAUACAGAUUCCUUCACAAGGAGAAAGAUAUGGAUCAUGGAUUUUCAUGGUCCGGACACCCAAUUGGAAAGUACAGAGGGAAAAGGAUGAGAAUAGACUAUUUUAUAGUUGCAGAGGAGCUCAAAAAUAGGAUUGUUAGAUGCGAGAUGCACGGGCAUGGCAUUGAAUUGGAAGGUUUUUAUGGAAGUGACCACUGCCCUGUUUCCCUAGAGCUUUUGCCAGCCACCCCUGAUUCCAAGGAGAGCUAACUUUCUUCACAAAGACUUGUUACCUAUUUAUCAGUUUUGUUGAUUACUGAAUGCUAUCCAUCCCUAUUUGGUUAGUUUUGACAAAUGCUAUAAUCUUGAGUGAAAUUUAUCAAUUUACAUUGCUGAUGAGACUGUUGUUCGAUUGAUGAUUUGAUGGGUAGGGUAGGCUUAAAAUGGAAUAGUAAAUUAACUGUAAUUGUCAUUGAGGGUAACAAUUGAUUCUGUUUUACCAUGGGUAUUCAUUAGGCCCAUUUGGUUAAUAUUGGAGCAAUUGUUGGCUCUUGAA